CUUCCAAAAGCGUGUAAAAAUUACAAAAACAGAGCCCAACCCUCAGAAAGAAUAUAAAGGGAUUUUUAGUUGAAAAACUUCUGUUCCUUUAAACACCCCGUCCUCCAGAAAAGAAGAAAAAAUGGUUCUUCAUCUAUCAUGUGGCGAUCCGCAAGACUAAAAGUGGCACUGCAUGCUCCUGAUAAAAUCUUUAUCAUGUAGGCCUUUAUAUAGAAGUGUUUUUCUAGUUUGUCAUCACCUGGCAGUUUGGGAGUUGCAUUAAUCCAAAGACAGUUGAGUAAAAUAUUAAGAUCAUCUGUGCUCCCCUCAACGCGCACAAAUUAGUUCUGCGGUUGGGGGACACCGAUUUUGAAGGGAACGGAAAGUUGUGGAGAUGACGGAGAAAUGUCCCCUACAACUCAAGUCACGCGAGAGGGCGGUCUUCGUAUACUGGCGUGCUGACUCGCUCCCGCCGUCGUACCGUAUGUACAUGUACACACGAAUCUGGGAACCAGUCUAUGUGGAGUGUGAGAUGGCGGCUUUUUUGUAAAAGACUGCGCGUUUAGCGCUACUUCCUCAAUGUCGGGGCCUGGAACCGGGUUCACAUUCGCGGCACAUUGAGAACUUGAGAUGUAAGAUGUGUUACUUGUUUAUGUAAGACUAAGAUGGUAUCGUAGAUGGUUGCAUUUGUUUUUUGUACGAUGAAUAACGAAGAUCAGGGCGGGAUUAGUGUAGGCCGUUGACACAGUUAAUGCCACUGCCAUGCCAGCUCGCCAUUGGCCGCACUCAUUCCCCUGGCUGGCCGCGCAUGCCGACGACUUUAGCCUAACGUCAUGAACGUCUACGAGUUAAGCAUCAGUUCAACGAACUACGAUAAGCUGUACAAAGCUGUCAUCAGCAGAUUUCAAGAUGGCUGAUUCAUCCAAGGCGAGCCACAAGCAUGAGCUCAGGCAAAGAUUAGAGAGCAUGAAAAGGGUAUAUGCACGCACUCUUCGAAAAGUUGAGAAAUCUGAAAAGGCCAAGAGAACCAGAAGCCAUGUGCAUCGGGUAAUCGCAGAGCAAAAGCAAGUUGGAAGCAGUGACGCAUCCCCUUCUUGUACCCAUUCACUGAGGAGAACAGGUGCACAUCAAAGGCCUGAGGAGUCAUCUGUAGGAGCUGGAGCAUUGUCUGAAGAAUCAGUUACUAAUGUAGUCAGGAAGCAAGGUGGUCCCAAGUCCACCAUGACUACAAAACGCAUGCAGAGAAAGAGACGCAGUGUAUCCUUUAGCAUUCCCAAGGAGAAUGCAUCCAUACAGACUUCUCUUGGUGGUGUCCACGUGGAGAUUACAGACAGCUGUCUUGAAACAUCUGAGAUAUGCCAUGAGCAACAGACAAAGAAAACUUCGCCCAAACCCUUUAAAGAUAAUUUUGUUCAGGCACCAGCACCAUCAUUCCUUUCCUGUGGUUUGGGUAGCAGCAUUGAUAAUGACAGAGCAAUUGGUACUGGAGGUGACAGGAGACAGGCUGAGGAGGUUACACUUGUCCCGGAGUCCCAGCUUACUGAACUUUCGAAUACAAGCUUUGAUGAAAGAGGUUGCAUUCGUGGAACUGCCAUUUCUCACCUGAAGGAGUCUGUCACUAGUGGCUGUCACAGGAAUAUCUCUAGAAGUGGCAAUGAUAGCCAGAGUAGUGUGCAGUCUGACAGUCAUUUGCAUGGAGCGAUUUUACAAGACAUCAAAGAAUUGAGACCAAGUGAACAACCUCCUCAAGACACUACUCAACCAAACUCGGAGGGUACCACCCAUUCCGGGGAAAAUGACACAGAAAAUUCAUGUCAAAAUUUGACUGAAGUGAGAACGAAGAGGGCUGGUCGGAAAAGUAGAAGACGUUCCAGGGUGCCUCGUCAGCUGACUGCCUCUGACAUCAGCUUCAAGGAGGUGGUAGAAUCCCAGAGCACCGAAGAAGGCAGUCAUACAUGGAUUGAGGGGUUGAUGUAUCCAGCAGAGUAUUAUGUGAGGCACACCAGGAGCAUGACCUCCAGUCAGUGCCCACAGAGUCAAAGUAACUUUGACAAAGCUGACUCCCAAAGAUAUCUAGACAGGGAUACAACAGGAAUGAGGGAAAAAGUCAUUUCAACUGAAAACUCGGAUACUGUUAAGGAUUUAUGUAUACGAGAGAUUGCUUCACUUACGCGUACGGCAGGUGGCAAGACUCUGACGAGUUUUGGGUCUGUUCCAGAGUCUGAGUCAGACUCUGUCAGGUCUCAGCUCUCAGAAUCCUUGUUGACAGUCAGUGCCGUCCAAUCGAUGCAAAAGAAGACUUACAAAAAGCCAAGUGACAGUGUGAAAUCUGUGAGGGGCUCGAGGAAUCAAAGACUGCAGAGGAAAUGCAGAUUCAACCUAGUGACAUCUGAGUUCAAAACUGACACCAGUAGAGAUUUAAGCACAACUGUAGCGGCAGAAGGAUGUUAUUCAAGUGACGCACUGUGCACAGACGAUACUAUAUCAGCCUCUGAAGAAUCGGCUAGAUCAGUUGAAGGCAUCACAAGUAACAAAUUCCUCCCUGAUCUGCCUCCUGCAUGUACUCGAAGUGACUCUACAGUCAAAUCAUGCAAGGAUUUUUGUGCUGUUGAACUACUUCGUGGGCUUCAUAAAGCCAAGUUAUCUCAGACUGAAUUUGCAUUACCAGAGGAGGACUUUGGAACUUUAAUGCUGGUCAAGUUGCAGAGCAACUGUGCAGCAGACACCUCGUUACAUUGGAGGAACUCUGAAAAUGAACAAGAUGGCAGAGUGGACCAUGAUGUUGAGAAGCAGUUCAAGAUCAGAGAUGUCACAAAGAUUGACUGUCAAGCUGCAAAUAAAACAAAGUUGGGUUGUGAAUCCUGCGCACCCAGUGCUCUGACAAAUGUUGUAAGUUAUCAGACAGUGCUGCAUGGACAUACUGAUCAUGCACGCAGUGGUUCCAGUGAUGGUGGUGAAGUUGCAGAGAAUUUUGGCAUGAAAACGAUAGCCGCAGGAUUAGAUGCUCCAAAAUGUUGUCACCAGGGAGAAAAUUUAACAACUAGUCCCAUCCAGGACUUGUCACCUGUGAGCUGUAAAGUGAACGUGUGUGCCAAGACUGCUAGUAGAAACACUAGGGAAUCCCAAGGCAGGACCAUUCUGCACAGCCAACUCUCACCAAGUCAGUUCCACAAAGACUGUAGCAUGGCUUUCCCCAACCCUGGCUGCACUCCAGGGUGGUCCCCUAGUUGCAGUCCAGAUGCUGACCAUAGGGUUCAUUCAAAGGGAGAUUCACCACUUGCACCUUGUAACAAGAUGAUGGGAGAGGACCUCCAGAGGCAUCAAACUGGAGACAGUCACAAAAGACUCUCACACACUGAGUGUAAGGCCACAGACAAGGGAAAGCCUUCUGCCAUUAAAAGUGGUAACUCCAAAUGCAACACAUCUCAAUGUUCUCCAUGUUCAGGCUUACAGCUACAUGUACCUGAUGUCUCUUCUCAACUAUCAAGCAAACCAGCAGCAGUUGUAUGUAAGAGCUGUACAACAGAAUGUUCAACACUGAACUUGACACCAGCAGGUGGUAACGUCACACCACCAAAUGUAAUCCCUGAAGCUGCUGGGAGUUCAUCCAUCGAUAGGAGAGGCAACAUCCAACAAACAUCCCCGUUUGCAGGGGUGGCCACGGCAACACCUCCGGGUAGAGCUGAGGAGCCAACAACGAUGUCUCAGUGUGAAGUAAAAAUAUCUGAAGAUGGUGAUGAGGUGUUGGGGGAAACAGAGAAAAGCGGCAGACAUGAGUUAGCCUUCAUGGGAUGUGUACAGCAUGAUUUACCAUGGGAGGCCACGCUAACAGUGACAGCCAUCACAGGCGGUAGCAUGGUCAUGAAUGAACACAACAUUAGCCUGCUUGCUUUCCUCUAUCAACACACACUGGUUGUCUGGAGGAGCAACUUAGAUACACAAGAGUGGCAAAUAUUGAAGUCUUGGAUCAUACCACAGGAUGAGGAGUUCCUAUGUGUCAGGUUUAUGCCAUGCAGUAAACACAACAAGGUGACAUUGGUGGUCGCUGGUGUAUUUGCUACAUGUGGCAUCAGGAUGCUAAGUUACGACACUGUGACUGAGGAAACUCAAGAGUUGGAUGUAGACCUAGCACACUCAAAGGAAAAGCCAAUCCAGUAUGUACUCUGCGUUACCGGCGAGGAAGGCUUUGCUGUUGCUGUCAAAGAUAAUGCAAAGAGUGCUCUGUUUCUAGUUCACACUUGCAUUGAAUCAAGAAAUGUACAGACAGUUAAGUCCUGGACUGGACAGGAGACCAGUUUGACCGCAUUGUUGCAAGUAGAAGGUGUGAAGGGAAUGUUGUUGGCAUCAACAGCACACAACAAUAUAAUGCUGUGGAAUUAUGCAAGUGGAGAGCUCAUAAAGGAAAUCCCAAUGAAGUGUGUGGACAGUGGGAGUCAUACUGUAUGCUUGAAAGCAACGGCAGAGUCGGGGCUGUUAUUCGUCGUCAUCAUCUUCCAUGACGACGUUGGCAAGGAAGAGAGGAGAUGUUCCAAGCCCAUCGGUGCUGCCGUAGUGCUUAAUCCACUCACAGACAAGAUGGCAAAGUUGAUGGAGUACCAAACUUCCAUGGAACAUGCACAUGCCAACUGCAUAGAUUGUGCAGUAUCCAAGAACACCUUGUUGGCUAAACUGUCUGAUGGAAGCCUUCAUCAGUGGGAAAUCUUCUCUGGUAACCUCAUGAAUUAUUCAUCAUCUCAUCCCACCAAUUACAGUCUGAGGAGUGCCCAUCUGUGCGGGUCUCAGGUAGUGUUACAAGGUUCUGACCAAUGGCAGCAGGUAUAUUAUGCACGUUGAUGUACAUGUGACUUCAUAAAUAAUUUAUAUAAUGUAAUUACAGGUAUUUAGAAUCUUCAAAGUUUCUUGUGUUUCCUGGUGAUUAUGCGCAAUGGAAAUGUGUUCUACAACAUGAAUGUCAUCGUGGAGGAAUUUCGGGUAACUUAGUGUAGAAUUUUUUCGUACCAAUUUGCAUAGUAAUACCUUCUCUGAUAUCCCAAAAUUGAAUUUUUUGAAAUGUACUACUUUCUCAAGCAUUUAAAAUAAUAUUUCGAGCACAGUGUUAAUGCAUAAAAAAUGCUCAAAUGCUAAAUGGUCCGUCACACCCAAAAAGAGUGUAUUUUAAAGGGCAACUCACCAACUUGAGAGUUUCCUCUCUGAAAGUACUUUCAUCACAGUUGGGAAAAUCACAGAUAAAUGCAGUAGACAGCAAUUGGUGAUCCGGAGUGAGUAAAAAUCAAAAAGGAGAGAAAGGUGAAUGCUAAUUGAUAUACUGACUACUUACUCAACACUAACAAACUUCACACCCAUCAAGUCCUUUGAUCAGACAUUUUAUUUCGUCUUUCAUUCAUACGGACCGGUCAGACUUUUCAUUAUUAUUUUAUUUUAUUCUCAUUCUUUACAUGCUUUGCAUCAAUCACUUGACAAUCUCUUCGAAAAGAUGCAUAUGCACCGUGCUGUAGUCUCCAGAACUUCUGUCCUCUCUAAGGCAAUUUUCAACCUAACCUUCAUUACGAAAGUGGUCAUUUCAAACCAUAUACAUAUAUUAUAUGUAUGGGAAUGGUAUUGAUGAAUUUGCAGACUUUGUGGUACCUCAUCCGGGAUUGAGCAUUACAGUGUCCUUGGCCAAAUCAUCAACAUUAAUUAUUACGACUUAUACUAAGUAUUACUUAAAGCCAGGAAAAGAGCUUUGAAAAUAAUUCCAGAAGAGUGGCCUUGCGGCUUCAUACUUUUUAGAGGCAUGGAUAUUGGCAGUUUUUUUUUCUGACAUUAACUCCAUCAAAAGAUUGACAUCCCUUACAAAAUGUACGGUCACUUGUACUCGAGGUAAAAUGUGAAAUCGAAGCAUGACAAUAUCUUACUGCUGAUACAAUGUACACUAUUACACGUAUCUGUGGGAAUAGUACUUUUUCCUCCUUUUUGUAUGAAAGUGGUUAAAAUUAUCGACAAGGAAGUUGUACAUGUACAUAGAUUCUGAGAUUUUUAAAAAUCUCACUGGCACUUCCAAAGGAAAUGUUAGCUUCAUAUCUAACCUUGUAAAAAUUAGAUCUGCCUGAGAUUACUACCAAAGUGCAGUAUAAAACUUCAGCAAGCUGUCAAGGCAUUUUGUUACAGUUUAUCUGUUCAUAGAAAUUACUGGUACCGUGUGCCCGUUCCUUGUGGAAUAGGAAGCACACUGUUUACCUUGUGUUUGUUCCUCUGCUUUUAACAACUGUUCAAAACCUGUUCAAAAAGCUAUUGCAGUGAAAUGUUGGUCACGUAAAUGUAUACAGAGAGUUUAAUGUGAAUGCUUGCCCUGAGCAAAAUCUUUUAUUUUUUCUGUACAGCUGAACAACAAAGUGUAGUUUAAAAUACAUAUGUGUUUGCGAGUUUUUUGCCCGGUUUCCAUACCCCCAUUGCCUCAAUCAAGCGAGAAUAAAGUUCAUUUAAAUAUGUUUAAAGCA